AUGAUUUCAGAACGUUUGGAUGUUAUAAUCUUUGGAGCAACCGGUUACACGGGUAGAUUCACUGUUUGUAACGCUGUUAAGCUUUUAGAAGGUCUCAAUUGGGGAAUUGCUGGUCGUUGUGAAGAAAAACUCAAGAAUGUUCUUUUAAAUGCUGGCGAAAAAGUUAAAAAAAAUCUUUCAAUAAUUCCAAUAAUCAUUGCGGAUAUAAACGACCAACAUUCGCUUAUUGCAAUGGCAAAGCAAGCAAAAGUUAUUGUAAACUGUUGUGGACCUUAUCACAAGUUUGGUGAACAAGUAGUUUCAGCUUGCAUAGAAGGUGGUGCACAUCAAGUUGACCUGUCAGCUGAGCCACAUCAUAUGGAAGUAAUUCAAUUAAAAUAUGAUGCAGAAGCGCGAGAGAAAAAUGUCUACAUUGUAUCCGGUUGUGGCUUUGAUUCAAUUCCUGCCGAAAUGGGGACAAUCUUUUUGCAUGAGAAGUUUGAUGGAACUUUGAACUCUGUUGAGAUGUUUUUGUACACUAAUUUGCUAGAAGAUUUGAUUCCAAAAGCUCGAGUCAAUUAUGGAACAUGGGAAUCAAUCAUCUACGUAUUCGCUCAUUACAAUGAAUUGCGACAAAUCAGAUGUCAAUUGUUUCCAACAAGAACGCCUUCUUUUGAACCGAAAAUGCCAAAACAUCCAUUAAUAUACAAAUCAGAUGUUGUCGGUAAUCGUUGGUGUCUGCCUUUUCCAAACACGGACCGUUCGGUCGUCUUGAGAACCCACCGAUAUUUUUAUGACAAGUGUAAGAAACGGCCAAUUCAAUUGCGAUCAAAUCUUGUGGUCGAUUCAUUCCUUCAUGUCGUUGCUAUAGUUCUAUUUGCAGCAAUUGCUUUAAUCAUGUUGACUUUUUCUUGUAGCAGAAAAUUAAUGUUGAGACAUUCAAAGUUAUUUUCAUUCGGUCUAAUAACUAAGGAAGGUCCAAAAGAUGAAAUUAAUGAGAAUUCAUACUUCGAUCUUACACUUGUUGGUGAAGGUUGGGCUGAAAAAUUCGAUAACGAAAUGGAAGAUGUCAAAUUAAAAACAAAUAAAAGAUUAAGAGUUCAAAUAUCAGCUGAAAAUCCUGGUUAUGGUGCAACAUGCAUUGCUGUCUUAUUAUCAGCUAAAACAAUCUUAAAUGAAACUUCAAAAAUACCGCAGUCUGGUGGAGUUUUAACUCCUGGAGUUGCUUUUCAACACACUUCACUGAUCAACGAACUACAACGAAAUGGUUUCACAUUUAAAGUAUUGAAUGAAUGA